CGGAGCUGCUCCGAGUGCGUCUACCUGGUGGCGGCCAUGCUGCUGGAGAUCCCCUACAUGGCGGCGCACGAGUUCGACGCCCGCCGCAGGAUGAUCAGCAAGCAGUUCCACCACCAGCUGCGCGUGGGCGAGAGGCAGCCGCUCCUCGGCCUUAAAAUGGCGGUUCUAGAUCUUCUUGAUGUUCCUCAGACCAUGCUGGAGCUGCUCGAGUGCGUCUACCUGGUGGCGGCCAUGCUGCUGGAGAUCCCCUACAUGGCGGCGCACGAGUUCGACGCCCGCCGCAGGAUGAUCAGCAAGCAGUUCCACCACCAGCUGCGCGUGGGCGAGAGGCAGCCGCUCCUCGGUCCCCCCGAGUCGAUGCGGGAGCACGUGGUGGCCGCCUCCAAGGCCAUGAAAACGGGGGACUGGCGCCGCUGCCACCGCUUUGUGGUCAACGAGAAAAUGAACGGGAAGGUUUGGGACCUGUUCCCCGAGGCCGACCAGGUGCGCGCCAUGCUCGUCAGGAAGAUCCAGGAGGAGUCGCUGCGCACGUACCUGUUCACCUACAGCAGCGUCUACGACUCCAUCAGCAUGGAGACGCUGGCGGCCAUGUUUGAGCUGGACCUGCCCACGGUGCACGGGAUUAUCAGCAAAAUGAUCAUUAACGAGGAGCUGAUGGCCUCUCUGGACCAGCCCACGGCCACGGUGAUGAUGCACCGCACGGAGCCCACGGCCACGCAGAACCUGGCGCUGCAGCUGGCAGAGAAGCUGGGCAACCUGGUGGAGAACAACGAGCGCGUGCUGGACCAGAGGCAGGGCGCCUACGGGGGGUACUUCCGAGACCAGAAAGAUGGCGGAUACCGCAAGGGCGACGGGUACCUGCGGCGCGGCGGCUUCCGGCAGGAGCGCAGCAACUACUGAGCCUCACCUGGGCCAUGGCGGGACCCUCACCUGCCCCACGGAGCCCUCACCUGCCCCACGGAUCCAUUAUCUGCCCCACGGAUCCAUUACCUGUCCUACAAAUCCCUUCACAUGGGCAAAGAGUCACCAUCUGCCCCACAGAGGCCUUACCUGCCCCAUAAAUCCCUCACCUGCCCCAUAAAUCCCUCACCUGCCCCAUGGAUCCCUUACCUGCCCCAUAGAUCCCUCACCUGCUCCAUCGAGGGUCCCGCUGUUGGAAAUUAAUAAAGGAAUUAUUAAAGAGAA